AUGUCAACCCAACCACAACCACAACAACAACCACAGCAGCCACAGAUACAACGACAGUAUCGAAUUGGCAGCAAGGUGAUUUGUGUCAUUUUGCUGUUUGGAUCGUUGUUGGUGCUACGCGAAGAAUCCUCCUCCAAUGACGACAGCAAUACGCUUCAAAAGUACUCGGCCGUGUUCAUGGCGUUACGGAAACACCCUCCAUCGUUGCGUAUUUUUCGGUCGUUGCUGGAAUGGAAUUUACUCUUGUGGGGGACUGUCGUCUCGUUGAAAUUGUGGUACCAGUACGUGGGAGAAUCCACCGUGGCAGAACUCCUCUUUAGUGGCACAACCAGUGAUGCUAGUCAUAUGGACUAUGGCGACUUGCCGGGUCAUGCCCACGAUGCCAAGGCACGCAGUAGUACGUAUUCCGGAGUCCGAUUUGCCGAUGUGGAAUCCGAAAAUUCUUUUCAAUCGGAAAUUAUGUUUGUCGAUUACGACGCCAGUUUCAGUGAAGUGCUCACGGGGACGAUUGAAAACGACGAAGAUUUGAACUAUAUUGUUGGAAUACCCACACAACAAUCACAAAAAUCAUCAUCACAAACACCAAAAGAAUUGGGAGAUCCUAUUGUCUCCAAUACUCAAAAACGACGACAAUCCACUCCAGACGACGACGACGACAGCGAUCCCUUUUUCUCCGCCACACCACAGUCCAAAUCACCGCGCGCUCCCAAUGUCCAUGCCGUCACAUCGGCCGCGCUUGACAUGUUACUCCCCAUUCUCUUGGCACUCUUUUUCUUUACACUAUUUAGUACCAAAAAGGUCACCUACCAAUUUCCACAACUCGCCUGGGUGGCCCCCUUGAUUCCACUCUUGCUCGUGGUCUACUUGGUCGUCACUCAAAUUGUGCUCCAGCCGUGGGCACCCACCCAACACUUUCUCACCGUCCUGAGUUGGACCAUUUCGGCACCCCUCUAUCCCGUCACGUUUCGAGAUGGAUUCAUUGGCGAUAUAUUCACAUCCACCGUACGACCCCUGCAAGAUAUGGCAUUUACCAUUUGUUACAUACUGUCGGGAUUGCAAGGCUAUUGGUCCGAUGGGUACGAAGGAUUCUGGGAUUCCGUCCAGCACAAUCCCCAUCAUCUCAAUGACGAUGAUGAUACGGUUCUUCUUCUACAGGACAACAGCAACAAUACUCCUACUUCCACAGCAGCAACCACAGACAACAACAAUCUGGCGUCACAACUCCUAACAGUAUUACCACCCCUGGAAACAUCCUGGUGGUUGCACACGGUGCUAUUACCCAUGUGCAUGGUCAGUCCGCUCUGGUGGCGAUUCUUGCAAAACUUACGACAGACGCAUGACAAUAAACGGCGAUGGCCCUAUCUGGGAAAUGCGUUCAAAUAUCUACUCGCGGCCGAAGUGGCCAUGUUUGGGGUCUUUGAUCCUUCCAAACAACAAACAUGGCAUUGGUUGGGAUGGUUCGUCAUUGCGACACUGUAUCAAGUGUGGUGGGAUGUCUUUAUGGAUUGGGAGUUAUUAUUGUUACCACAGGAGGGAGGAAUGCUACCACUAAAAUUGCGUCCUCAACGAUUGUAUCCCUCCAAAGCAUUUUAUUGGACCAUUCUCGUGGUCAAUGUCUUGUUGCGGUUUUGUUGGACGCUGAGUUUUCUACCACCGCGGUAUUUGAAUCAAGCCGGUGUCUUGAGCGAUACCUUUCAACAUUCCGAUUGGUCCCGGGCGUUGGCACCGGCCAUUGCGUCGGCCGAAAUCAUUCGACGAACCAUGUGGGGAUGGCUGCGACUCGAAAAUGAAGCCAUCAAGGUACAGCAACAACAAUCGCCGGCGCAAAUUAUGGAAUUUCAGUUUUUGCGGGGCAUCAAUCCCGAAGAAGCCUUUGGAGAUGCACUGGUGGAUGAGGGGAUUGUCAUGCAAUCCAUGAACGUCAUGGACAAUACUGCUUCUGGAACAACAAGCCUGCAACGAUGGACCAUUAACAAACGACAGGGUGUCAUCCCCGCCUUGUGGGAAAAGUGGAAGACUAUGGAAGAUAGUAAUGAGAUUCAAAUCCUGGCCGAAUUGGCACUCUGGGCCACUGUGUUUGCCGCAUUGGGAAUGAUUGCGGCAGCCCAUCGAAUGACGCUGUGA